AUGUGGAAACCCCCGUCCCCUGCGGAAACCCCCCAGUCACCCUCUGCCGGCACGGACUCGGCGGUUGGGUCGACGUCGGCCACGAAAACCAAAAACCCGGGCAGGCGGUUCGGGCAGGUCAUUCGACUCAAGAAGGAGUACCUGGCCGAGUACAAAAAGUGCCACGCGAACAUCUGGCCCGAGGUGGCCAGGCAGAUCAAAGGCUGCAACAUUGUGGAUUACAGCAUCUUUUACGAUGACACCACCGGCCUCUUGUUUGCCUCGUUCAAGUAUGUCGGCUACGACUUUGCCGGCGACAUGGAGCUCAUGGCCGACAAUCCCCGAGUUCGUGAGUGGUGGAAAAUGACGGACAGCUAUCAGGAGAGUCUCGUUCCCGGCGCCGUGAGUUCCGAGGCGGGCGUUCCAGGUUGGUGGAAACCCAUGGAGGAGGUGUUUUACCAGGCUUGA